AUGCCAGGCACGCCAUCAACUCACAUCUCCUCGAUGGAUCAUGCUGGCGUCGAUGUGCGAAUGGUCAUGGAUGCCAUCAAUUUUGAGAUGCACUCGAUAGAUCACGGCCGCAUCAAGGAGUAUACUCACCGAAUUAGUCGAAUUGGUCGUAUCGAUCACCCAAGAGCGGCAAUUUCUCUACACUGA